AUGCAAAUUUUCAUUAACAACCAAGAAGUCAAUCAAACCAGUGAAAACCGAUUCCUCAGUCAAAUCAAAAUGUUUGCACCUACACAGUUAGCUGAACUUUGUAUGAAUCGUCUGGUGACAUCAAACACUCCGGAGCCGUAUGACAAGAAUUUUAGAAGCCUGUCAGUUUUGGAACCAAGCUAUUCACCCGUCAACGCUGGUAACUACAGAUCGUACGAAGACUCCAAUAGACGUAAUGGAUUUAAUCUGUCGGAUGAGGAUUAUGAUUUAUCUAAGCCGAUAGAUCAUAUUGAUGGACCAACGUCACCCGAUGAAAACUGCAGCCAACAACAGUGGUGUGAUGAAAAUGAUGGGCCUGAUUUUUUCAAUUCAAACCAUACACUGUCUCAAUUCAAGACACCACAGUCAUCUCAACCAACUUGUGUUGAACCCCAUGCACCGUUGCGUAAAGUAAAACGUAGACUAUUUUAA